CUAAUUCUCAACUGGAGGAGCUGCUUCUCUAAAAUUGCAGUCAAUCUCGAGCAGAGCCCAGGAAUAGAGAAUAUCUAAGGUCAUGGGGCAACCUCCGGUGCCGCCUCUCCCAAUCGCUCCUCCGCCACCUGCUCCGGCCGCCGCAGCGCCCCCCAGCGACGGAAGAGCCGGGGGUUGCCAAGUGCGGUGUGCCGGUUGCAAGAUGGUGUUGGCUGUCGGACCCGGACUGACCGAAUUCAUGUGCCCCACAUGCCAAUUGCCGCAGAUGCUCCCUCCCGAGCUCAUGCCCCCCGCCCAGGCUCGCAGCAACGGCCCCGCCCAUGGCAUCGAUCCUACCAAGAUCCAGUUGCCAUGUGCUAACUGUAAGGCCAUUCUCAACGUCCCCCACGGCCUCACUCGCUUCUCUUGUCCCCAGUGCGGCGUCGACCUUGCUGUUGAUCUGUCCAAAAUUAAGCACUUCUUUCCGUCUCCACCCAUCCCCAAUCACAUGCUUCCACCCCCACCAGAAGAAGUCAAUGAGGUUGCCAUUGAGGUGGAACGAGAAGAAGAUGAAGGGGGUUUGGCUGGUGAAACUUUUACAGACUAUCGGCCUCCCAAGUUAUCUAUUGGACGCCCUCAUCCAGACCCUGUUGUGGAGACAUCAUCCCUGUCUGCAGUGCAGCCGCCCGAGCCUACCUAUGAUCUAAAGAUCAAAGAUGAGCUGGAAAACUCAUCAGCACUAUCUUGCUUGCAGAUUGAGACAUUGGUGUAUGCUUCUCAGAGGCAUCAUCAGCACCUCACAAAUGGCACUAGAGCUGGAUUUUUUCUUGGUGAUGGAGCCGGUGUUGGGAAGGGAAGGACAAUUGCAGGUUUGAUAUGGGAGAAUUGGCACCAUGGAAGAAGGAAAGCUAUAUGGAUCUCUAUUGGUUCUGAUUUAAAAUUCGAUGCAAGAAGAGAUUUGGAUGAUGUGGGUGCGAUGUGUGUCGAAGUGCAUGCAUUGAACAAAUUACCUUACUCAAAGCUUGAUUCGAAGUCUGUAGGCAUUAGGGAAGGAAUUGUUUUCUUGACAUACAGCAGCCUUAUAGCAUCCUCCGAGAAAGGGCGUUCUCGUUUGCAACAACUUGUCCAAUGGUGUGGGCCUGAAUAUGAUGGUCUUCUCAUAUUUGAUGAGUGCCAUAAAGCCAAGAAUUUGGUCCCAGAAGCUGGAAGUCAGCCAACUCGAACCGGUGAAGCUGUUCUUGAAAUUCAGGCUCGGCUUCCUCAAGCACGUGUUAUUUAUUGCUCAGCUACUGGUGCAUCAGAACCCCGCAAUAUGGGCUAUAUGGUUCGCCUUGGCCUUUGGGGAACUGGAACAGCUUUUGCCAAUUUUCGUGACUUUCUAGGUGCUAUGGAGAAGGGUGGUGUAGGGGCACUUGAACUUGUGGCAAUGGACAUGAAAGCAAGGGGUAUGUAUGUGUGUCGUACUCUGAGCUACAAGGGUGUAGAGUUUGAAGUGGUUGAAGUGCCGCUCGAGCCCCAGAUGAUGGACAUUUAUAAAAAAGCAGCAGAAUUCUGGGCUGAAUUGAGAGUAGAAUUGCUGUCAGCAAGCACACUCAUCACUGAGACUAAACCCAAUUCUAGUCAGCUUUGGAGACUUUACUGGGCCAAUCACCAGCGUUUCUUUAGACACAUCUGCAUGUCCGCUAAGGUGCCUGCAAUAGUUAGACUUGCUAAGCAAGCUUUGAAAGAAAAUAAAUGUGUGGUGAUAGGCUUGCAAAGCACUGGAGAAGCACGAACUGAGGAAGCUAUAUCAAAAUAUGGUCUUGAACUGGAGGAUUUUAUUUCUGGACCACGUGAACUAUUACUAAAAUUUGUUGAAGAGAACUAUCCUCUGCCUGAAAAGCCUGAAGAACCUCCAGAGAAAAGUGUGAAAGAGCUGCAACGAAAGAGACAUCUAGCAACACCUGAUGUAUCAUUUAGAGGCAGAAUGAGGAAAGUUACUAAAUUGCAGACUACAAGAGAUGACAAAAGUGAUGAGGAGUCAGAAAUUGAUUCUGAAGAUGAAUCUUCCGAGUCUGAUGAUGAUGAGUUUCAAAUUUGUGACAUUUGCAAUUUAGAAGAGGAAAGGAAGAAGUUGUUGCAGUGUUCAUGUUGUGGUCAACUAGUUCAUACCGCAUGUGUACUUCCUCCUGUUAUAGGCACAGUGUCUGGAGAUUGGUCCUGCCCAUCAUGCAAGGAAAAAACAGAUGAAUAUAUACAAGCGAGGCAAGCAUAUGUUGCCGAACUUACUAAAAGGUAUGCCGGAGCUGUUGGCCGAAAAUUAAAAAUUUUGGAUAUCAUUCGUUCACUAGACCUCCCUAACAAUCCCUUGGAUGAUAUUAUUGACCAGCUAGGAGGCCCUGAAGAUGUUGCAGAAAUUACAGGGAGGCGAGGCAUGCUAGUUAGGACCUCUGAUGGCAAAGGUGUUUCUUAUCAGACACGGAACACGAAAGAUGUGUCAAUGGAAAUGGUAAAUAUGCAUGAGAAGCAGCUAUUCAUGGAUGGAAAAAAGUUGAUAGCCAUUAUUUCUGAAGCGGGGUCAGCCGGUGUUUCUUUGCAAGCUGAUAGAAGGGCAAUAAAUCAGAAAAGAAGAGUUCAUUUAACUCUAGAGUUGCCAUGGAGUGCGGACCGUGCAAUCCAGCAAUUUGGCAGGACUCAUAGAUCAAAUCAAGCUUCAGCACCUGAGUACAGAUUGCUUUUUACAAAUCUUGGUGGUGAACGGCGGUUUGCAUCAAUCGUUGCUAAGCGAUUGGAGACCCUUGGGGCACUUACACAGGGCGAUCGAAGGGCUGGACCAUCAUUAAGUGCUUAUAAUUAUGAUAGUGCCUUUGGGAAAAGAGCCCUGAUGAUGCUGUACCGAGGAAUAAUGGAGCUGGAGUCUUUGCCUGUUGUACCACCAGGAUGUUCUGCUGAUAAACAAGAGGAGAUACAUGAUUUCAUUGUAAAAGGGAAAGCUGCUCUUGUUUCAGUUGGAAUAAUAAGAGACUCAGUGCUUAGUAGUAAUGGAAAGGACUCUGGAAAGAUUUCUGGUCGUAUAGUUGAUUCAGACAUGCAUGAUGUUGGGCGUUUUCUUAACCGGCUGUUAGGUCUGCCACCUGAAAUCCAAAACAGGCUCUUUGAGUUAUUUGUCAGCAUUCUAGAUCUUAUCAUUCAGAAAGCUCGUAUGGAAGGAAAUUUAGACUCUGGGAUUGUUGACAUGAAAGCUAACAGUGUUGAACUUCAAGGGGCUCCUAAGACCGUUCAUGUUGACAGUAUGUCUGGGGCAUCAACCAUAUUGUUUACUUUUACACUUGACCGUGGAUUCAGUUGGGAGCAUGCUUCUGCAUUGCUCGAAGACAAGCAGAAAGAUGAGUCGGGUUCAACUGUAAUUGGAUUCUAUGAAUCAAAGAGAGAAUGGCUGGGACGGCGUCAUUUUUUAUUGGCAUUGGAAGGUUCUUUUUCUGGAACCUACAAGCUAUUCCGUCCUACUCUUGGAGAGGCCCUGAGGGAAAUGCCGCUUUCUGAAUUGCAAGACAAGUAUAGGAGAAUAUCUAGUUUAGAUAAGGCUCGAGCUGGCUGGGAGGAUGAAUACGAUGUUUCAUCGAAACAGUGCAUGCAUGGUCCAAAAUGUAAAUUGGGCAAUUAUUGUACUGUUGGCAGACGAUUACAGGAAGUGAAUGUCUUGGGUGGCCUUGUACUUCCUGUGUGGGGAACAAUAGAAAAGGCUCUUUCGAAGCAGGCACGCCUCAGCCAUAGACGUAUCCGUGUUGUGCGGAUUGAGACUACAACAGACAAACAGCGGAUUGUUGGGUUGCUCAUUCCAAAUGCAGCUGUGGAUUCUGUACUCCAAGAUUUGGCCUGGGUACAUGAUAUUGAGGAUUGAGUGAGACAUGGAUAUUAUUGUCGAAAGAAGCCGUGCAGGAUUGGUCUGUAGUUGCAAGUGAAGAACCCUACCUAUUUUGGACUAAAAGUGCACAAGGCAUUUACAUUAGAUCAACCAACCGCAUGCCUGCUGAUUCAUACAAUUGUUGAUAUCAUAUUUUUUUGGGGGGCCGGUUUUUUACCUGUGUUAAUUUUGUAAAGCAUAACUCAUAAUAUUAAUAUUAAUAUUAUUAUCAUUACUUCAGCCUUUUGUAAGGCAAUAUAUUUUGUAAUGGAAAAAAUGAAAGGAAAAAGAGGAA